AUGAGCAACAAGCUUCGUGUUGUGGUCAGCCUCCACCAUAGGGACGAGCUCUCGUUGGGUUCCCAUCGCACUCGACUCUGCCAUGAAGCUUUCCACUGGGGAAUCAUUAUCAUGCCGAAGCGCUCCAAGGGGCCGGACUGCCAUGCAUACGAUGUGUCCGAUGGGCCGGUGCUCGACCCCAACAAAAGGCAGGAUCUCAACCCGGAACAUGCGUGGGAAUCUCGCGUCAAAUUGGGCGUCGAUCCCCUUCGGAGCGGGCGUCUCAUCUCACGCAUCAUAAUCGGCAAAGUACCCAAGCAUGUCGAUCUUGCCAACAUCGGAAGGUUGCUCGCCACAAUUCCGCUGCCGGCGAAGGAUGCUGUUCCGGCGGAGAGCUGUGUUACCUGGACAUUAGCCGCCAUCGCCAUACUUCAGGCCGAAGGGAUCGUGCAUCCGUUUGAUGUCGGCCGAUUUCGAGACUGGGCACUCUCGUACGCAGACAGAAGCAUGAAAAAUAUGGGCCCUCACAAUAUCGUAGAAUACGUCUCAUAG